AAGCUAACACUUUGUGAUUCCCCUUUCACUAUCUCUCACACAUCUUCAACCUUUUUUCUCAAUCAAAAUUAUACUAUAUAGUUUCUAUCUCUUAGACAAGAAAUCGUUGACUUCUCACACCCCCUUCUUCUAAAACACACACAUCAUCAUCAAGAAAAACCAAACCAACUUCACAAUGAAAACCAAACACAACAAGGUUGAAAAUGAAUUAGGUUGUGGUUUCAUGGAGAGAAUUUUCAAUCUCAAAAGUCCUAGACUAAGAAACUCAUUAGUUCAUUCCCUACCAAUCAAAAAUGAAUCAAACUUGUCAACAAAGAAAGUGAAAAUAAUCUCCAACAUCACUCCACUAACUAAAAAUCCGAAAUGUAUUUCAGAUACUACUUCAAAAAGCUCGACAUCAUCGUCGUCCACAGACAGUUCAACCCACAAAAGGGUUGAACAGAACUGUAAUACGAACGAUGAUGUAAAGCUUCAAAUAGAACUUGCUAGAAUAAGCACUACUCGCUCACGCGACAACGAGAACAAGUCCAUAGGCGCCAAAGAUUUUGCUCCCUUGAAACUCACAGGGAACUUGCUAGUGAAUAACACUCCAAGAAGAAAAAGUGUUGAAUGUUUACCUAAGCAUUCAGAGUUGAACUCUAUGUCAAGUUUUUAUAAUAGUAACAAUGCGAGAAAAAUGGUUAUGGGGAAUAUCAUGAGGAAGAACAGUAAUGAACUUGCACAGUUUCUAAGCAAAAGACACAAUAGUAUAGAACCUGAAGUGUUGAAAACUAUGGGAAAUGAAGCUUACAAAAAGGGUGAUUUUGUAGAGGCUUUGGCUUUGUAUGAUAAAGCAAUUUCGCUCGACUCGAAUAAGGCAAUUUAUCAUUGUAACAAAAGUGCUGCAUUGAUUGGAUUAGGAAGGUUUCAAGAAGCGAUUCUUGAGUGCGAGGAAUCGAUUCGGCUGGAUCCUUCUUAUGACAGAGCUCAUAAUCGUAUGGCAAUGAUAUAUUUCAGAUUGGGAGAAGUCGAAAAGGCGCUGGAUUGCAACCGAUCAACCUCAUGUGUUGAUUCUGUUCUUGCUUUUCAAGCUCAGGCUCUACAAAAUCACAUUAACAAAUGCAUUGAAGCUAGGAAGUUAAAUGAAUGGAGUGUUGUAUUAAAGGAAACACGGUCUGCAUUAUCCUUAGGUGCCGAUUCAGCUCCACGGAUUUAUGCUUUACAAACCGAAGCCUUGUUGAAGCUCCUAAGAUAUGAUGAUGCAAAUGGUGUUUAUGACAAAAUGCCAAAAUUUUCACUUGAUUGGUGUAACAAGAUGUUUGGCAUGGCUACUAGUGCUUACAUAUUGAUGAUAGGCGCGCGGGUUUACAUGGCAUCCGGCAGGUUUGAGGAUGCUGUGACAACAGCUCAGAAAGCAGCUAGGGUUGAUCCGAGCAACCGAGAGACGAUUUCAGUGUUAAGGAGAGCGAGAGCAGUAACAUCGGCUAGAGUGAGUGGAAACUUACUCUUCAAGGCAUCUAAAUUCAGUAAAGCAUGUGCAGUUUACAAUGAAGGACUAGAUCAUGAUCCACACAACUCAGUUCUUCUAUGCAAUAGAGCGGCAUGUCGUUCUAAGCUAGGACAAUACGAAAAUGCAAUCGAAGAUUGUGAUUCGGCACUUACGCUUCAUCCGUCUUAUAGCAAAGCAAAGCUAAGGAGAGCAUAUUGUAAUGCUAAGUUGGAAAGAUGGGAAGUUGCCAUUCAAGACUAUGAAAUGCUAAUAAGAGAAAAGCCAGGGGAUGAAGAAGUGGCAAGGGCUUUGUUUGAGGCUAAGCUCCAAGUCAGAAUACUACAUGGUGAAGAUGUUAAGGAUCUAAAAUUUGGUUCGAAUUUGGUUUUUAUCUCGAGUAACGAUCGUUUCCGACAUUACGUAACCUCGCCUGGAAUGGCUGUUGUGCUUUUUAGUAACAAGGGAACACACAAGCAAGUGUCGAUGGUGUUCGAGCAAAUCAGCAAGCGAUUUCCAUCUGUUAAUUUUCUUAAGGUGGAGAUUGAAGAUCACCCCUACUUGGCGAAAUCAGAAGGAGUGAUCUCAUUCCCGAGCUUCAAAAUAUACAAGAACGGAUCUAGGGUUAAAGAGAUUUCAGGCAACAAUCACGAGUUGUUAGAAAGAUCAGUUAAAUUGUAUAGCAGCUGAGAAAAAAUAUUACACUCCUUCAAAUGGAACAUAAUGUGCAGAAAAUGAAGAAAAAAUGUUAGCUUUUCCAUAAAAAAUUUGUUGCUUUGUUUACAAGGAAGAGGAAACAUAGUGUUUCAUAGUAGUACAUAUAGAAGUCUAUAAGAGCAUUCUUAAGUUAUUCAUAUAUUACACAUUUCAUGUAUAUUUGUUUCACAAACAUAACCAUAUUGUAUUUGUUAUUUAAUGUUGUAUAAUAUGUUCUUUAAAAGAGUGUUUUUUACA